AUGACUCCAGAGAUGUCCUUACGUCUGGAAGAAACUCGGUAUCAACACCUCAACCUCAACGAUCAGUCGAACUCUCUAUGGGAAGCUGUACACAGUAAAGCAAGUCCGUGUCGAACCCUCGACGUGCAACAACGACAUCAAUAA